CACGGUCAAGCAACCUUGCGCAAGCAUGAUUGUCAAGCAUGCAGUAGCAUGUGUGGAGGCCUUAGAGACGCGAUUUUCUGCCCACCACUAUUCUGGGCCUCGAGCUAUUUAUAUUUUGAUGUUCUGAGCUUUCCACUCCAAUACAAAAUAUUCAUUAAUUUAAGCGUCCUUCAAUGGUCUGUUCUUUUAAGUUUGAUUUGUGCACACACUUCAGUUAGAGUAAUUUCAAAUCAGUAAUUAUGAGUUUAGCUGUUAUAAUUACAAUCUAGUAGGUACUCGCAUAGCAUACGUUUUGUAAAUGAGAAGAGCAAGUACAAAGUACCUCAGUUGUUACUCCUACACAAGGAUCGUUAUAUUACAGGCUAAUUGAGCUCCACUAUCAGAGAAUAGGUAUCGGUAGUCAUAUGAAAGUUUAUUGAUUCUUGGGUAGCAGCCGCUUAACCAAAACAUUAAUAAUCGCAUUUGGAUCACCUUGAACUUCAAUGAUAUACUUUUUUUCUAAUUUAGGACACACUGAACCAAGCUGCAGAUCGACCUUCUCUACAGCGGUGAAGCUUAAAUAUUUGUUCAGUAGUAAUUCCCUUAAUUUUAGAAAACUAGAGGGUACUUGUUAGCUGAAAAUGGAAACAUAUGGUAACGCUGAAGAAUUGUAAAUACAAUUACGGUACUUUCGUUUCGACGUUUCUCAAUUAUAGUACGUAAUGAUUUUUGGUGUGUAUACUGCCACCUGUCGGAUCUCUAGGUCAGCUGUACCACUACAGUGCUUCAAGCAAUCGAGCGCAGCGGCAAGUACAAGACGUAAGAAAAUGUCUGGCAAGCUGACUGAGGAGGAGCGAACACAAGUUCUCCAACCACUGUUGGAGAAAGGCUGGAAAGUUACAGAGAAUCGAGAUGCCAUUGCUAAGGAUUUUUUAUUUAACAAUUUCAAUGAGGCAUUUGGUUUCAUGACUCGUGUUGCACUCUUGGCAGAGAAGAUGGAUCAUCAUCCUGAAUGGUUUAAUGUCUACAAUAAAGUACAAGUUACACUGGCAUCUCACGAUGUUAAUGGUGUCAGCCAUCGUGAUAUAAAAAUGGCAGACUUCAUGGAGAAAGUAGCUGGUACAGUGAAGUCGUAGGCAAUGUCUUACUGAAGCUGCAUCUAUAGAAUGUGAAAUCUUCAUGCUUUUUAAUAAACAACUAUAAAUAAA